AUGUCACUUUCCAAAACUUUAAGAUAUAGGCUUUAUAAGUAUCUUAUCGGAACUAUUGAAGGUCAAUGGGUUAAAGGAAUUAUUGACUUUGUUAACUUCGGGAAUGGGAAAGGAGUAAAUGAAGUGGGAGAGUUAAAGACUCGACAAUCUUUUUCCACGCCCUCAGAGGCUCAACAAUCGAAAGACAAUUUUCAGAUCAGCUUUUACAAGGUGAUCUUCGACUUUCUUGUAAAUCAAGAAGUACCGUUCCCGGUGGAUUACUUCUUCGCCCACUUCUCCUUAAAGCGUACUCAACUCCUACCGCAAAACAUCAUAGAUGAACUUGAAGGCCUUGGACACGUAGCAGUGACCAUUGAAGAUUUGGUGCUUAUUUAUAAAGCGAUGUUCCGCCCCAUGGAUAAAGUCUCCUUUAAUCUGAUAAUGAAGUACAAGUUGCAGGUACCGACCCCAAACAAGCCUAUAUUUAUAGGUAUCAGAUAUCCUAUAUUUGAUCUAGAGGGUACAUUAAGACAAUAUAACAGUGGUCAUGGAGAUGUGGAAUUGUGA